UCCUUUUCAGGCCAUCUCUGAAUCUCCGUAUUCCUCGACUCUGGAUCUCCCAGGGAAAUCAGCCAUACAAGCGAUUGCAACAAGGAAACAGAACAUGGCAGAAUCCGAAGGCAAUCGUCCGGAUCUAGUACAAGACCAGGAAAAAGAGGGAACUUUGAAGUAUCUGGAUUUCGUUCGAGUGGCAUCGAUCUAUGCCACUGUUUACCUCUCAAACUUCUAUGCAUAUGCCAAAGAAAAUUCUGGUCCGUUAAAGCAGGGAGUUGAGACAGUGGAAGGAACCGUCAAGACCGUGGUCGGACCUAUUCAUGAGAUGUUCCACGACGUUCCAUUCAAGCUCCUCAUUUUUGCUGAUCGUCAGGUAGACAAGUCCGUAAUCGAGGUGGAACGCCAUGUGCCCUCAUUAUUAAAGCACGCAUCGAGCCAUACUAUUACUGUGGCGCAGAAGGCUCCAGAUGUCGCUCGAACUAUCGCAUCGGAAAUACGACGCGACGGGGUGCUGGACGCCACAAAAAGCAUAACGAAGAAUGUCUACUCUAAGUACGAGCCAGCGGCUAAGGAGCUUUACUCGAAGUACGAGCCGUUGGCUGAGCACUAUGCGGUAUCAACUUGGCGCACGCUGAAUCGGCUUCCGCUCUUCCCACAAGUGGCUGAACUUGCCAUUCCCACGGCGGCGGACUGGUCGGAGAAGUAUAAUCGGGCUGUUUCUUAUAUGGCAUCAAGGAACUACACAGCGGCAACAUACCUGCCGCUGAUUCCGAAAGAUCGGAUCGCUAAAAUCUUUGAGGACAGCCCAAGUGUGUCAACCAAUGGUGAAGGAACCUCCUCGGCGGCACAAUAAUGAGCCAUCGGUUAUGCCAAUUUGGUGGUUUAUUACGAGCCCAGGUUUCUUUGCUAAUUACCUGCUGCGAAGCAUUUCUCGUGCCCUUUCUUUCUCAAUAGCUCUUUUGAUCCAGUUCCAAUGAAUUAGUUUUGUGCUACUCAGUAGGCUCCUUGGGUAAUGGUUACUUUCUCGGGGGAGCAUAUUUACUGCUUUAUUUGUUCUUUUGUUAACACUAAACCAA